UAAUGGUAAAGACCGGUAAAAUUUUGGAGGAUUUCACAACACGACGCAGGACAGUUUUAGCCGGAUUUGGACGGAUUUUGGCCGGCUUGGACGGUUUCUGGUAUCCGAAUGUGUGCUUGAGAUGUGUGACAUCAUGAGGGGGAAGGAGGCCUUUGGUGUGAAGUCGGUCAGGUUUGGAGGAGAGAUUGUGGAGGUGUUGAAGAAUUAUAAAAGGGGUCAGGAGACAGAAUAUCACCUUCUUGUACACCAGCUGUCAGAUCCAGACAUUAAGCCCCAGACACUGAUAUGUUGGCUAAAGGAGCUGAAAGGCUGUGUUGCCUUCCUGACAAAAGAGUUUGAAACUUUGGUGGGAGUCAUUUUGAAAAUCAGCUGGGCUAACAGUGAAGAUGAAGUUGUGAAGGAGUACCUGUCCUUCCUGGGGAACCUGGUGUCAGCUCAGACCUUCUAUCUACGAGCCUGUCUCAAGAUGCUGGUCAAGACACUUGUGCCAAGAGUGUCGCCUGAAGUACCACUAGAUGAAGUUAAGAUGGAAGAGUACAACAGAAUAUUUGAAAAUGCACACAGUGCAUUGCAGAGAGUCUUGCACAUAGUUCCCCUAGCUCCAAAGUUUUUAGCACCAGUCCUGUCUGACUGUUUCCCCUACAUGAAGAAAGAUGCCUUUGUACAGGAGUGUUAUGUGAGAAACCUGCUACAGAUGACAUCAUAUGUCCCCAGCCUGAGACUACCAAUCCUGGAACUGAUUAUCGACAGAAUGAUCAGAAUAGAUGUCCACGCUCCGAAACAUGAACUAGAGGAGGAGGAAGAAGAGGAGGAUGCAGAAGAGACAAUGGAACAUCAGGAUGAUACCAGCAUCCUCUUUGAAAUGGACGGCAUGGAGUGUAGCAGUGGUAAAACGAUGGAGCAGCAGAAAGCAGCACCAGAGCUGGCCGUUACCAUGGCAACGGAGGAGUACAAACAUAUGACACAUGAGAUGGGGGACAGACUGGAUGUGAUGAUGACUGUCAUGCUGCAGUAUAUGAAGGAUUCAUGUGUUAAUAAGGACACAGGUGAACUGCAGGCCCAGCCUACCAUAGAGAUGUUCCGCCACCUGCUUACAGCGUUUGAGAAGUUAUUAUUGCCGACCCAUGCCUCCUGCCAUGUACAGUUCCUAGUCUUCUACGUCACUUCCUUACGACAGGACCUGGCUGACGCGUUCCUGAACUUCUGCUGGAGGAAGGUCCAGAGUCCCAACACACCGGUCAUCCUCCGCCAGGCAGCGGCUGCUUACAUGGCCAGCUUCCUCGCUAGAGCCAACUUUGUACCACUCAGCACGGUAAUUGCUUGUCUAGAUCUCCUGCUACCUUGGAUACACAGAUAUAUAGAUGACCAGGAUGGCAGCACCAGGUCCUACCCUGAUGUCAAUCUACACGGAACCUUCUACUCUGUGUGCCAGGCUGUUUUCUACAUGUUUGUGUUCAGACACAAGCAAUUUGUGGAGUCUAAAAAAGGCUUGAACUACAUCCGAGGACUGAACUUUGACCGAGUGAUAAACUGCAGGCUGAACCCCCUGAAAGUGUGUUUACCAACAAUAGUCAACAUGUUUGCCUCCAUUACAAGGAUGUAUCAGAUAGUCAUGUGUUACACCAUCAUGGAGAGGAAUAACCGGUCAGUCCUGCCUGUGGUCACCAGCAGCCAGGGGGGACCCACGGACGUCACCAACCUCAACCCUCUGGACGCAUUCUUCCCCUUUGACCCCUACAUGUUGAGUAGGUCCAAGAGGUUCAUCCAGCCCCUGUACCAGGAGUGGGAGGGUAAUGACCCUGAUCAAGAUGAGGCUGCCAAUUCUGAGGAGGAUGAGGAUGACUUCCUCCAGGGUGCCAUGUCACCAGGGACCCCCCACAUGGGCACCACACCUGGAUCUAUCCCAGAACUCCCUGGGUUCAGGAAGAGGAGACGCACAGACAGCAGCUGUCUGUCACCACCCUGAUCUCACACUUCCUAACAUGGACAUUUGUAUCACAUCAUACAAUACUGCUGUCAUGUACAUAGUACAUAUGUACACAGCCAUUCAAUAUACAUGUACAUAAACAAAGGAAUCUAGGAAAGAAAUAACUUUUAUUUUAGAGCUCUGUACCUAUGCAGGUAUGUUGAAGAAGAAAUUAAUUAAAUUUAUC